AUGUCGAAUCCUACGGUAAAGCGUAGGAAGCUGAGUCCUACUCCCACGGAUGCUACUUCUACCUCUCAAUCGAAGCCAUUGAACAAGACCUCGACAAGCUCAGGAGCCGAAAAACCAACACAGUCAAAGAGUCAAGGCCGCAAGGGAAAUGAGAAUGGAUCAGCAGAGCUGGCAAUGGCCAGUGGAUUCUACAAGUCCAACUUCUUUAAGUUGCAGAUGGAUGAGCUGUUGACAGGCUUGAGACCGAACUACGAAAAGCGAAUCUCGAAGAUCCAGGAUACCUUGCACAAACUCAAAAGUGCCAUCGAGAGUCUGCCAGAGAUUGCCCCGAAGACUAUCACCGAAGCCGAGAAAUAUUUGCGCGCAGCUUCCGAGAUUGCAAUUCCAUGGCCCGAGCCCAAACCAGCUAAGGAUGCCAAAUACACCGUGUCGUAUGCGAAGCCGGCAAACAUCAAUGUGGUGGGUAGUGUUGUUCUGAAGACUGGAGCGAAGACAUCGGAGAAUCGCUUAGUCGAUUUAGCAGUGACAAUGCCCAGUUCUAUCUUCCAGGAGAAAGACUAUGUCAAUUACCGUUACUUCCACAAGCGAGCAUACUACAUUGCGUGCAUUGCGGCUGGUAUUCAACAGACAAUGGGUGACCUUGGAUUGGAGAUGAAGUUUGGAUUCCAGGAUGGAGACAGUUUGCGCCCUUUGAUUCUGCUUGAAACUCGCCAGACCUUGAAACAUGACUCGACUCCGAAGCAGCAAAUUCGCAUCUUGACCGCUAUUGAACCGACUCUUUUCCCCGUUAGCCGAACCCAACCGAUGAAGAGCAACAUUCGAUCAGGCUCGAAGGAUUCGUCAGAGACUGGCGAGCCCACUCCAUUUUACAACGCGAGUUUGCGCUCUGAAGCUGCCGUCUCUCUUUACCACAAAUACAUUCAUUCUUCUGCUCAGAAAUGCGAAUCCUUCCGUGAUGCGUGUAUCCUGGGAAGAACUUGGCUCCAGCAGCGUGGUUUCCACACAUCUUUCCAAAAUGGAGGAUUUGGGGGCUUUGAGUGGACAGCACUCAUCUCUCUUCUGUUCGAAGGUGGUGGUCCCAGUGGCCAGCCGAUUCUCUUGCGCUCUUAUAGCAGCUAUCAGAUUUUCAAGGCUACCAUGCAAUUUUUGGCUGGCAGAGAUUUGACUUCUCCUCUGAUUAUGUUCGCUACUGAUGUCUCUGUUCCUGGUGGAGGCCCUACUUUGUACGAUGGACGUAGAGGCCUGAAUCUUCUUUAUAAGAUGACUUCAUGGUCAUAUGCUUCCCUUCGCCACGAGGCGAGUGUCACCCUCAAGAUGCUGAAUGAGUCAAGAGAAGACAACUUCGACCGAGUCUUCAUCGUUAAAGUCGAUGAGCGAGCGUUGCGGUUUGAUCGUCUCCUCUCCUUCCCCAAAGCCUUCAACGGUGACACUCUCCGGUCCCUUCAAGAACAGAACCGCCUUUUCAAGACCCUCACAAGGGCACUGGGCGACCGAGUCAAGCUGAUUUCCAUCUCCAGCCAAUGUGCAGAGCCUUGGUCUGUUCGAGCAAAGACAUUGACCAAGAAAGCCAGUCACACUCUGUCUGUUGGGUUUCUACUUGAUGCUGACAAUGUCGGUCGCGUAGUUGACCACGGUCCCGCCGCAGAGGAGAAAGAGGAGGCAGCCUCAUUCCGAGCUUUCUGGGGACAGAAAUCCGAGCUUCGACGAUUCAAGGAUGGUAGUAUCCUGGAAAGUCUUGUUUGGUCUGACCAGCAAUCCGAGGAUUCCAUCGUGUUCCAGAUCCUUGCAUACACUCUGGAGCGCCAUUUCCAGAUUACCGAGGAGGGCUUCAAUUUCAUCGGAGACGAGUAUGAUGAUAUCCUGCUUGAUGAGGGAGACGGUGUAUUGUCAUACACCAGCACACAAUUCAGCUCGAUCAAGGAAGCUUUUAGCGAGCUGGAGCGAUCGGUUGGAAGCAUGGAUGAAGUCCCAUUGACUAUCAGGCAUCUUGCACCUGCUAGCGCCCUACUACGCUACACUGCUCUCCGACUCCAGACUCCAGAGGGACUUCAAGAACCAGCUGACGUCGUUCUUCAAUUUGAGAGUUCUUCGCGCUGGCCAGACGAUUUCGCCGCUAUCCAAAUGACCAAGGCUGCUUUCUUGCUCAAGAUCGGCGACGCCUUGGAGUCAUCUGGUGCCGCUACAUCCUGCCGUCUCGGUCUGGAGAACGAAUCUAGCAAGGUGCUGAACAACGCCUUCCUUGAUAUUUCUCACACCUCUGGCUUCAUUUUCCGCAUGAGAAUUCAUCACGAGCGUGAACAGACACUGCUGGAACGUCAAUUAAAGGACAAGAGCCUUGGUCCCCGCGAGCGGGAGGAAUUCGCAUGUGCUCUUUUCUCAUACAAGCGGAACUUCGUCCAAGUGCCCCGCCUGACUCAAGCCUUCCGUAGUCUCUGCACUCGCUUCCCCUUACUCUCGCCUACCAUCCGUCUCGUGAAGCACUGGUUCCGUUCUCAUCUCUUCUCAGCCCAGAUCUGCGAAGAAUUGAUCGAACUCCUUACCGUGCGGGCUUUCACUCAGCCUUUCCCCUGGGAUAGUCCAUCCAGCGUGAUGACCGGAUUCCUGCGCACUCUCCACUUUCUCUCCCGUUGGGACUGGCAACAAGAGCCCUUCAUUGUUGAUUUGAGCGGCGAGCUGAGCCCACAGGUUACCGAGGUGAUCCGCACCCGAUUCACUGCUUGGCGUAAUAUUGACCCAGCUAUGAACACCGUUGUGUUGUUCGUUGCAUCAGACGUUGAUACUGAUGGUGUGACCUGGACUCAGUAUGAGAUGCCCUCUAAGGUCGUCGCUGGUCGCAUGACUUCCUUGGCCAAGGCAGCAAUUAGCUUGAUCCGGAAAGAAGACCACGGCGUCGAUGUCUCUGAUCUCUUCCAGACCUCGCUUGCUCCUUACGACUUUGUCAUUCACCUACGCUCCAAGCUCCAUGGUGAUCGUUCUACAUCUACAUCCAAGUUUAAGAACCUGGUCGAAGCUGAUGGUGCGAACCGCGCAAGCAACCUGGCCAUUGUGAAGUCAUUUGUACAAGAUAUGCAGGCAUGUUACAACCAGAGCGUUCUUCUCUUCCAUGGAGAUGAUCGAUGUGGUGUCAUUGCAGGAUUAUGGAACCCACAGUCUCUACGACCUCGAACAUGGAACCUGAAGACUGCGUAUUCGACAACCACAGCGGAGUCUAACGAGGACUAUGUAACGAUUAAUCGCCCAGCGAUCUUGAAUGAGAUUGCUCGGUUGGGCGAGGGACUCAUUGAUACCAUUGAUAUAAGCGAUGUGAAGGUCUAG